CUCCGGCCGGUGCCUCGGCGGUCCUGGCCGGGGAGGGAGGCGGGGAGGCCCGGAGCCAGAGAGAUGGGGAGGCCGCGACCCCCGCGACCCCCGCGACCCCCGCGACCCCUGCGAACCCUCUACGGCCUCCUGCUGCUGGUUGGCCAACUCAGGGGCAGCGACUCGGCCAGUGCCCACGGGUGCCUCUUCGACCACAGGCUCUGCUCUCAUCAGGAGAUCUGCAUUCAAGAUGGUCUGUUUGGGCAAUGCCAGGUGGGCCCAGGGGGGUCACGGUCCAUCCUCCAGGUGACCUCUCCCGUCCUGCGGCGCCUUCAAGACGUCCUGCAGCAGCUCAUGGCUCAAGGCUUAUCCUGGCAGGAUGAUCUCACCCAGCUGGUCAUCUCCCAGGAGCUGGAGCGUAUUCCCCGCCUCCCCCCACCAGAUCCCGGCUCCGGGGACAGGUCGGCCGCCUCCAGGAGGUCCGCCGUCCCCCGGGGGUGGCGGGGUCCGGCCGGGCGGGCGGGAGCGGGGGUCCCGGGCCCGGCCGGAGGAGGCCCGGCGCUCUUCCCUCCGCUCCUGGAAAACCUGCUGCUGCAGCCUUACCUGUUCCACCAGUUCGGGGGGCCUCCCAAGGCCGAGCCCCCUCCCGUCUUCGGCAGGGCCUCCUCCAAGACCCUGUUGGGGUCUUAUCCGGGCCCUUCCUACGGGGCCCCCCCAGAACCAGACGUGGGGUUGCUCUACCUGUCCCCCCCGGCCCCGCGGGGCCAUCGAGGCAGAGACGGCGGGAAGAGGGGGCAGCCCCCGGCCGGGGGUGGUCCGGAGAGCCCCGGGGAGGGCGGCCGGAGGGGUCCCGGCCCGCAGGGGAGGACCCCGGCCCGGCGGCCCCCGCCCUCCGCCCGCCAACCAGGGUCGCUCCCUCAGAAUCCGACAUCCAGGACCGCGGGCCCCGGGGUGGAACUGACCAAGGACCAGCUGGUCAUCCUGUCCACCCUCCUGCAGCUCUUGCCGCCGGACACGGCCCCGGGGGGUUCCGAAGAUGCCGCCGCCGGGGAGACCCAGAAGCAGGCCAUGGAGGGGGAGAUGCAGCACGGUGACCCCGGGACCAUCUCGGCCCCCACCACCCCAAGGCGGGAGCCGGAGGAGCCCAACUCCACGGCCCCGGCCCCCUCGGCCGCUCCGGCUCCCACCGCCCCGCCGGCCGAGCCCGUCCCGCUGGAGAAGAAGAGCCCCCCGCCGGACCGCGGCGGCCCCCGGGCUCCCCGGCCCCCAGCGCCUCGCCCGGUGGAGGAGUACGGCUACAUCGUCACCGACCAAACGCCCCUAGGGUUGGCGGCGGGGGUCCGGCUGCUGGAGCUGCUGGCUGCUCACGUCCACCUCUCUUCCGGAAGCUUCAUCAACAUCAGCGUGGUGGGCCCGGCGGUCACCUUCAGAGUCCGGCACAACGAGCAGAACCUGUCCCUGGCGGAGGUCACCCAGCAGGCCGGACUGGUGAAAUCAGAGCUGGAGGCAGAGGCGGGUUUCCAGAUCAUGCAGACCGGAGUGGGCCAGCGAGAGGAGCCGUCGGCGGUGGCCUCGGCGGCGUCGGCCCCGGGCCCGGGCCUGGGCCGCCCGCCCGGGCCGGCUCCCGGGCCGCGCUGGGUGGCGCUGACCCUGGUGGGCGUGGCGGGGGCCGCCGGGCUGGUGGUGGCCGUGGCCGUGGCCCUGGCCCAGCGCCGCCACGGCCACGGGCGUCGCAAGGACCGCCUGGCGGGGCUGGGGCCCGAGGGGGCCGCCGCCUCCGCCGACACCACCUUCGAGUACCAGGAGCUGUGCCGCCAGCACAUGGCAGCCAAGUCUCUGUUCAGCCGGGGGGCGGCGGGGACGGAGGGCCCCCCGGGGGAGACGUCCCGCGUGAGCAGCGUGUCCUCCCAGUUCAGCGACGCCGCCCAGCCCAGCCCCAGCUCCCACAGCAGCACCCCGUCCUGGGGCGAGGAGCCCGCGCCCGCCAACAUGGACAUCUCCACCGGACACAUGAUCCUGGCGUACAUGGAAGACCACUUGAAAAACCGUGGCCGACUGGCUCAGGAAUGGCAAGCCCUGUGUGGCUACCAGGCGGAGCCCAACUCCUGCAAAGUGGCCCAAGGCCCCGCCAACCUCAAGAAGAACCGGCUGCCCGACUCUGUGCCCUAUGACCACGUGCGCAUCAAGCUGAAGGUGGAGAGCAGCCCGACCCACAGCGACUACAUCAACGCCAGUCCCAUCAUUGAACACGAUCCACGGAUGCCGGCCUACAUCGCCACCCAGGGCCCGCUGUCCCACACCAUCGCCGACUUCUGGCAGAUGGUGUGGGAAAACGGCUGCACGGUCAUCGUCAUGUUGACGCCGCUGGUGGAGGACGGGGUCAAGCAGUGUGACCGCUACUGGCCGGACGAAGGGUCCUCGCUCUACCACAUCUACGAGGUGAACCUGGUGUCGGAGCAUAUCUGGUGCGAGGAUUUCCUGGUGCGCAGCUUCUACCUGAAGAACGUGCAGAGCCAGGAGAGCCGCACGCUCACCCAGUUCCACUUCCUCAGCUGGCCGGCCCACGGCACCCCGGCCUCCACAAGGCCCCUCCUCGACUUCCGAAGGAAGGUGAACAAGUGUUACCGGGGUCGCUCCUGUCCCGUCAUCGUCCACUGCAGCGACGGGGCGGGGAGGGCGGGCACCUACAUCCUCAUCGACAUGGUGCUCAACCGGAUGGCCAAGGGGGUGAAGGAGAUCGACAUCGCCGCCACCCUGGAACACAUCCGGGACCAGCGACCGGGCCUCGUCCGCACCAAGGACCAGUUUGAGUUCGCGCUGACCGCCGUGGCGGAGGAAGUCAACGCCAUCCUGAAAGCCCUGCCUCAGUGAGCAGCCCCCGCUUGCGGCCCGUCCUCGCCCCCCGGCCCGCCCCUCCGUGUCUGUGUGCCCCCGCCGGGCCUCCCCCCCGCCCGCGUGACGGGGCGGGGGGUCCGGGACCCCCUCUGCCCCCGUCUCCCCCUUGCCCCCCGAGCUCGGGGGGCCCGCCGCGGCCCGCCCUCCCUUGGGUGGAUCGGAGCUAUUUCUAGAGAAAUCUAAUUUUGUAUCGACGUGAAUAAAGCUGUCGUGUCGUCUCCGCAGAUGCAA